GAGCGAAAGGGCUCCAGCCGCACCGCACCGCACCGCCCCGCGUAGCAGGAAGCGCCGCCCGCGCUCCUUCCUCCUCCUUCUCCUUCUCGUCCUCCUCCUCGUCCUCCUCCUCUACCGCCCGCCUCCCCGCGGCAGCGGCUCGGCGAUGCAGCCGGACUUCUCGCUGGCCGACUGCGACGUGAUGGGCUUCGACUUGGACCACACGCUCUGCCGGUACCACCUCCCGCUGAGCGCUCGGCUGAUAUAUGAUAGUUUUGCCCAGUAUCUGGUAACAGAGAAGAAUUAUGACAAAGACUUGCUGACUCUAGCUCCAGACAACUUAGACUUCUGUUGUAAAGGCUUGGUCUUGGACAUUGAAGAGGGAAACUUCCUGAAGCUUGCAGAAGAUGGAACAGUUUUAAGGGCAAGCCAUGGUACAAAGAGCAUGACAUCUGAAGAGAUCCUGGAGACAUAUGGAAGGAGGGAGUGGAAGCAUUUUAAUACAGUCAGUGGAAUGGUGUCCCGCUCAGCUAAAUACUAUUUGUAUGAUAACUAUUUUGAUCUGCCUGGAGCUCUCUUGUGUGCAAAGGUUGUGGACAUCUUGGAUCAGCAUGAUGGUCCAAAAAAAUAUGACUUCUGGAAGGACAUGGUGUCUGCUAUCCAGCACAAUUACAAAAUAUCAGCUUUUAAAGAAGACUGUGGGACAUAUUUCCCAGAAGUGAAGAAGCAUCCAGACAAAUAUUUACAAAGUUGUCCUGAGUCUGUAAAAAAGUGGCUGAAACAACUGAAGAGUGCUGGGAAGAUUCUGCUAUUAAUUACUAGUUCUCACAGUGACUAUUGCAGACUGCUUUGUGAACAUAUACUUGGGAAUGAUUUUGAAGAGUAUUUUGACAUUGUGAUUACAAAUGCUUUGAAACCUGGUUUCUUCUCCCAUACCCCAAACCAAAGACCUUUUCGAACUCUAGAGAAUGAUGAGGAGCAAGAGGCUCUGCUAUCACUGGAUAAGCCUGGCUGGUAUUCACAAGGUAAUGCCAUCCAGCUUUAUGAACUACUGAAGAAGAUGACUGGCAAGUUGGAUCCCAAGGUUGUUUAUUUUGGUGACAGCAUGCACUCCGAUAUUUUCCCAGCACAUCACUAUAGCAACUGGGAAACUGUCUUCAUCUUAGAGGAGCUUCUAGGCGAUGAAGUUAUUGUGCCUGCAGAGACUGAAGCUGAACCCUUGGAGAAGAAAGGAAAAUAUGAGAUUUGCCACUGGAUUAUAGAUUUACGCGAUUUUCCUCAAAUAGCUCAGCAACUGCCGGGUACUAUCCAAGCCCUCCAAGAGCACUGCUGCCAAAGGAGGAGUCAGUGACUAUGAAAUAGGUUGUUGGCUUUUUCCUUAAAUGACCUUGUGGUCCUUACUUAAACUGCUAUCAAAUGCUAGUUGGUGAAAAUGCUGUGUGAUUCUUCAUAAAAUAGAAUGAUGGAUGGAUUAAAGCAGAUUCCAGGGUAGACUCAUGUUUCACUUGUUGCUCUAGACCAGCCAGCGCAGGUAAGCAAUGCAUCCUUCUCUCUAAAUCUUCUGCCCACCACUAUCUUUCACAAAGUGCUAUUGGCUUUUUCCAUUCAUUGCCCAAAUACUCCACAAGAAGUGUAUUAGUAAUAACUUAUCCUAAGUUACAUCCUACUUUUUCAAGGAUGUGAAAAUUUAAGGUGAAGCUACUAUGAGCCCCAGGGAAGACACGAACCAGACCCUCAACCACACUUCGUUUAGAGUAACUUGUAGAUCAGUAUUUAUUCUCUCACUGUAACUGUUUUGGGAGAUACAGAAAGACAGAGGCCCAAAGAGAAAGAUGCAUUGUACCCAAAAAGAGAUUUGAAUGGGAUUUAGGCAGCUAAAUGCAGACUGACAGUCCUGAAAGCCUUUGACACGCGCUUCCUAUUCCUGAAAGUGCCUAAACCACUACUCAACAGUGAGGUUGCCUCCAUGCCUUUUUCUCCUUUAGUCUUUGAUACCUCAAGAUUCAGAGCUCUUCUGCAGAAGGAGGAAAAGCAGUGUACAGUUCCCUUUGCAGCCUGAGUGGAUUCAAACCUGCAUUCUCCACCUCUCUGCAAAAUCCUUCCAAGGGCAGGAAGGAUUUAGCACCAAGCUGCAUAGAGUACAGAGGAGAAACAAGACAGAAGACCUGAGGUGAAUGCAUUCUUUCUCAUAGGCUAAUUUAAGCAACCAGGCAUCCUGUUCUCUAUGCAUUCAGUUCCAAAGACCCAUUCUCCAGCCUUUGGACAGGGAGCCUUCAGUAAUUAAUGCAGGGUAGCAGAUGCAAAAAUACAUCAAAGAUAAUCAUUUAGUCAGCAGUUUUGUCACAGUAGAAUGACAAAAUUUUGGAUAUAUUUCUCUCAAAGUUUAAAGAAUGAUUAAAAAAAGAAAAAGAAAGAAUUUUUGUUUUCUUGUUUCAUGAAAAAGAUUUUCUUUCUUAGGCCUAGAAAUUAUCAGAGUGGAUUUAACUUGUGUUAACACUUAACUUGUGUUGUCACAGCUCACCAUAUUUGUGAUGCUUCACCAGUUAAAAUACUUUGUGUCACAAUCAGGAAUGAGGACCAUUCCACCCCAUUUCAGAGUCACCAUCUUUUGUUUCUGUACUUUUUUUGCUACCUUUAUCCUUGUAAUCCAGUAUAAUUACAAGUAAUACACAACGUUUCCAGUUUAACAUUAAGCAUUUUUUUUGAAAGGUAAACAUAAAAUAAAUGAGGGAAACUUUCCUUCAAACAAGGUGGAUGAGAAAACAAAAUGAAAGUGCUGUUCUCCUCAUAAACUGUAGACUGCAAAUAUUUGACUUCAGAAGGUCAAUAUUCUUCAAUAAUUCAGUUUAUUUUGAAAUUUUUAGAUUAGCAUCAAUGUCUUAGGCAGCCAGUCUAGAUCAUGAUGAGGGUAUGAUUUGUAUUAAGCAGAGAUACCCAGAUUAAAAUCUCAGAUCCCUGAUUACAGCAUCAUUUGAAAUUCUAAUCUGAAUCAAGUAAUCCUCUUCAUAUAAUUUCUAGCUUGUAGUCCAAACCAAUACUGUGUGAUCUCAUGCUUUUGUUGUUCUGAAUUUGGAGCUGAUUUUUAUAGAUAAGGGAUUUUUUUUCUUGCUUUCUAAAAGAAAAUUAAUUAAAACUGAAUUAAUGAAAAUGGGAAUGAAAAUCACGUGAAUCCUUGAUUCCUGGUGUGCCAGUGGAGAAGCAGUAAUAUUUUUUUAACGAAAAGGUGACAGAUUCUAAUGACAGCCUGAACACAAAACUCCCCAGAACAAAUACAUACACAGGCUUGCUCAGCUCAGAGGUCAUGGUACCUUCUCUGACAAAGCCAUUUGUACUUGCUGCUGGAAGGACCACACAGCAGCAGAGAAAGAAGUAGUUAAAAGAAGGUUGCUACAAGUAUGACUCCAUGUGCCACCAUGUGCUGCAGGAAGAUUUAGGAAAAAUAAUUCAAGCAUUUGCCCAGAAACCAGAGUUACAGUGAAAUCUCUUACAAGAGUUUUCGUAUUCAGGAAUCUCUGAAAAUAAUACAAGUCUUAUUACAAAGCAGAGGUUGACAAUAGAGGAGCUUCAGGAGGGCCAUCAGAACUGCCAUUUGGAAAGUUCUUUGAAAUGGAUGUUGUGUGUGGACCAGGGAGAAGAAAUGCACAUGGUAUAAAAUUGCUAGAGAGCUGGACAUAUUUAAUGUGACACUGUAAAGACACCAUCUUUGCUUACUGCUCCUUAUUUCUCUUCCUUUUUUUUCUUCUUUUUUAUUUUGGUAAUCUCUGAAAUUUCUUGGAUUCUGUUGUGAGAGUCCAUUGGCAGAAAUACUGCAUUAGUGUCUGCAAAACUAUCUUGAGUGUCAGCAGGGAGACAUAAAGUUGUAAAGAUUCAUUAAAAUCACUGUGUCUGGUUAUAUAGCCCUGAAAGCCACAGUUUUGCUUAAAACCAGAGAUGACAAUGAAGUCUCUUUUGGCGUCUGUUUUGGUAUAAAGCAGAUGUGUCUGAAUUUUAAAAUAAAGAGAAUU